GUUGAACUCUCUCGCUCUCUCUUUCUCUCUGUGUAGAAGCUUGGCUAUGGAAGAAGAAGCUGCAAAAGAAGAGACCCAACUAGUCUUGAAAGUAUUAGAAGCUUUAAAACAAGCUUCACACGAGUUACAAGCCAACCCGAGUACGCACUCGGCCGAGUCCGACUCGGCUUCCGCCAUUAAAGCCCUUCUGGAGCUGGAGACCGAGUCAAACUCAAUUCUCUCCAACGACCCACAUCUCUCAAAUCUCUCCAAGCACCUCACCAACCUCAAAACCCUCAUAGACACCCUCCAAAAAUCAGGGUCUAGGCAUGGUAUUCGAUCUUUCUUGUCUCGCCGAGUCAGAACCCACGAGAUCUCCCGAGUCGCCGGAUCAAUCGAGUCAGAAAUCCAAGCUUGGAUCGAUCGGGAGACUAUGGUUAACCUCACCAGAGCCUUACAACAGUUUCUCUCUCCCGCGAUUCCUUUAUCAUCUUCGGAAGAAGACAAGUUUCUGGACAUAAUAGAUCAGUUCAGAAACAGGCUAGCUCAGGGAUUCUCUUCUGAGCUGCAAGAUUUGAUACUCAAGUCUAAGGUGUUUUCAGACCUCGAAUCAGUUCUCUGCGGAGUCAAUUUCUCGAAAAGGGUUCGAGAAAAAUCAGCUUACGCCAUCGCAGACUUGAUAAAGUUCAACAAAGAUGUUUUCGUAGGCCAAGUUUUGAUGGGUCAAACAGUCCGAGCUCUGAUAUCAAUGGGUUCCAUGGCGUCCUUAGAAGUCGUAUGCUCCCUAAUCAAGUUGAUUAAGAGUCCUUUGGUGGAUGAUUUAGAGGCAAAUGGUGAAAUCCAGAAGAUCAUUAGUUUCUUAAGCCUUGAUGAUCUGUUGAUGAAAAUGACGGCCAUGGAUUGUGUGCUUGAAAUUGGGUAUUUUGGGAGGAAAGAGGCGAUAGAAUCGAUGAUUAACGCGGGUUUGAUCAAGAAACUGGUGGAGUUACAGAGAUCAGAACUGGGUGGUGAUUUGAUUGAUUUGGGGAAGUUUGAUGAGGAGAGAGAGAAGAAAGGUGUGGAAGUGGAUGAGUUUGAGAGAAACGGGAUGGGGAGGAGAGAGAAUAGAGAGAGAAGGUUCUUGGAGAGCCACCCAUUUGCGAGCUGUGUUGCGAGGUUUGCAGUGCAGCUUGAGGUUGGAGAAGGGUUGAGACAGAGAGAGAAGAGAGCAUUCAAGCAGGAGAUAUUGAAGAGAGUAAGGGAGGCCUCUGUUUCUGAUGCCGAGGCUGCCACCAUUGUUGCUGAGGUUCUUUGGGGUUCUUCACCUUAAAAAAAGUUCCAACAUAAACAAAGUUUUAUUUUGUUCAAUUUAGAUGAUUUUUGUGAAUACGUUUGUUUGUGAUUGUGGUGUGCCUGUCUAUGUUGUAAAGAAAUUGUUUAAUAAAAUGAUUCCAUUGAUUACAA